AUGUUAUUCCAAUCAUUAACUAAAUCAUACCUCAAUAAUAUAUCAUCAAUCAAUAGUGUCAAUAGUGUUGAUGAUAAUGUAAUGGAAGGAAACAAUAAUACAUCACCAUUAAUUUCCACAAAUAACAGUACAUCCGUUUCAGUUAAAUCUUAUAUUAAAAACAAAAAUAUAACUCCAAAAACCUUAAUAUUUACACGUCCAUGUUUCUUAUUUUAA